ACCAAUAGUUUUCAUAUGUCAUAAUUGAUCACACAAACAAAAUGCAACUAUCUUCCUACCUUCCUAUUGGCUAGACGACCCCCUUCCAAUAUUCUAUUAUACCCAAACUCAAUUCUUUUUACUUUCAACCACUUAAUUAUUCAUACCCAAAGAGAAUUAAAAGAUGGUUUUGAAUACGAGUGUUCACUAAGCAACAAAAAAGCUAAAGUAACUAUCUUUUUACUCCAGUUUUUGCCUACAUCAUUACCGAAUUCGGAGUUUUGAUCCUUGAAAUCUGUCACCAACAAGGAAAAAUCGAAUCUUUUUAGUGGGUUUGUUGUCAUUUCUUCAAUUAGGGUUCGGUAACGUGUGAUUCGGAUCGAUUUGGGGGGUUUUUGAGGUCGUUUCUUGAUCUGAUUAUUAUGGGUUUCUGUUAUUGUUUAAAGAAAUUAGGGUUUUAACUUGUGGGGUUAUUAAUUUUGGGAUUUUGAAUCAUGGAUUUUCAUUACGAUCGACAUGCGAUUUCGUUUCAAUCGAGUGGUGCAGACAGCACAUCUCAGAUGAUUGUGAUGGGGACUUCAACGACAACAAGUACGAGGUUUUUGGGGAAUCCUAUGAUGGGAAACAAUCAUUCUUGUGGGUCUGUUCUUGGUGAUUCUGUUUCAGGGUUGAAGCAUGAUGCAGGUUUGGCUGUUGAGUGGUCUGUUGAUGAACAACGUAAGUUGGAAGAAGGAUUAUCCAAAUUUGCUGAUGAACCGAGUAUUAUGAGGUAUAUCAAAAUUGCUGCCACAAUGCGUGAUAAAACUGUUCGUGAUGUUGCACUAAGGUGUAAGUGGAUGGCGAAAAAACGAAGAAAACAUGAUGAUCCGCAUAUGGGGAAAAAGUUGAAAGAUAAAAAGGAUAAUUUGGUGGAAUCAUCCUCAAAACAAAGUAUAUCAUCAGUUCCAACACUUAAUGCGGCUCCGUUUCCUGUUACCAUGAGUAAUCGGACUCAGAUUGACGGCAUGACUUUUGAAGCAUUAAGUGGUUCAAUAAGGCACUUACUCGAACAAAACAACCAAGUUCUUGGUCAGAUCUCGGCUAAUAUCUCUCUAAUGAAACUACAGGACAAUGUCGAUCUCAUCAGUCACAUGAAGAACAAUAUAACCACCAUUUUAAACAACAUGAGAUAUAUGCCUGGGCCCCCAUUCCCUGUAUCACUAAAUGAAGAUCUUGCACGUAGUAUCUUGCCUACUACAAAUCAGAGAAUGAUGUUUGAGACAUCAAACGGGAUGUAUAUGAAACAAGAGCCAGGGUUUUAACGAAGAAUAUUCCGAGCUUAACUGCAAAGUACAAACUUAAACCCGCGGUAAAUUUGAUAGGUACGCCUUGUGCAAAGCUGUAUUGAUCGCCUAUUCGGGUCCAAAUCCAACUAUACAGAAAAUUUGUAGAGAUCCCAUUUUUGGAAAGCUAAAGAUGAUGUUUAGGUCAUUGAUUACCCUUGAAUAUACCUCUAAUGUAUAGUCUCUAUUGUGUUAGAUUUUUGGUGUCCAAAAUAAAGAUCUCGAAUUGUAGUGAUUUUAGCGACGAUUGAGUCAUGACUCGUUGUUUCUUCGCCUUUUGGUGAAUUAGCAACUCGAUUUCAUGUUAUACUUACAGUUGUAGUUUCUUGUAGCCAUACUAGAUAAUAUCGAGUAUAAACACAGUGAAAUUUGUUUU